GAUCCGUCUUGUUCUUCUACUACAGAGAUGGACACUGACAACAUACCCUUGGGUUUAGAGACACAGACUGAUCUGUCUAGAGAGGUCUGGAACCAGUACAGUAGUAGUGUAUACUCCGAAAGGUGCUUAGAUAAGAAAGGGGAGGGUUUGGUCGAAGAUGAAGUGACUGUGAAAGUGGAGGGCGACAUUUCUCCCACAUGGAAUGUAGAUAGUCACCUAGGAUACAGACUCUCACAGGGCAGCGAUUUCUUAGAUUACAGGGAAAGUUUAGAGACUAAUCCAAAUAACACGACCCACUCCCCUUUACACACACUCAAGGAUUACAACCCAGUGUCCACUUCAAUGGGGCCUUCCGAUUCACACGGACGUAGCCUUUUCGAUCAGGUAUUGAACUCAAACGACAGGGCUAGAGCCCAGGUUCAGGGAGGGGGAGCAACAUCAGGCAAUAGUAAAGAGAAACGGUUCCUCUGCAUGUUCUGUAACAAAGGCUUCAGCUGCCCCCAGAAGGUGGAGAUCCACCAGAGGGUACACACAGGGGAGAAACCCUUCAGCUGUACCCAGUGUCACAUUGGCUUUGCCCAGGCUGGUGACCUGAAGAGGCACCAUAGAGUCCACACAGGGGAGAAACCCUACAACUGCCCCCAGUGUGAGAAGAGGUUUUCCCGCCAGCACCAUCUGAAGAUGCACCUGAAGGUCCACACGGGAGAGAGGCCGUUCGCAUGUGCGCACUGUGGGAAGAGGUUCUCAGAGAAGAGCUACCUCAGAAUACACCAAAAGAAAAAACAUUCUACUCUAUAACAUAAAGUAACCAUUCCACUCGAUGGCGUCUGACAUUUAGGUCAACCCCUACUUUAACCCUUACA